AUGAACGAACUGCUUGACAUUAUCGAUUUGGACAAAAAUCUAAAGGGUUCUUAUUUUGCUAUGGAUAGCUUCACCAUUCACAAAUCCUAUCCCAUGAUAAGAAAGAUCGAAUGCAGAGGCUACAGAGUCAUGUAUUUGCCUCUGUAUUCUCCAGAGCUGAACGCAAUUGAGAACUUCUGGGCUCUUGUAAAGAGCAAGAUGAAGCGUGAAAACCUAGUGACCGAAGAGACUUUAUCUCAAAGAAUUGCUGACGCCUGCAACAAUGUUCGUUUACUGCCGAGAUAA